CAGCCCCGGCCGCCGCCGCCGCUCAGCCCGGCUGCACCGGCUGGGGGCACCGCCGGGACCGGGAGCACCGGGGGUACCGGGGACACCGCCAGGACCGGGGCUACCGGGAGCACCAGGGCUACCGGCCCCGCACCAUGAUCUGCGGCAGGAGGGCGCGUCCCACCGCCGAGCAGCCCCGCUCCCCCCCGGACGUCUCCGGUGGCCCCCGCCGGCCCGGCAGAGCCUUGAAGAAAAUGGGCCUGACGGAGGAUGAGGACGUCCAGCGGAUGCUGCGGGGAUCCAUUUUCCGGAAGAUCAAGUCCCGGGGGUGCCCCAGGGAGCGGCUCUUCCGCCUGCAGGAGGACGGGGUGACGGUCUGCUUCGAGGGGCGCUUUGGACGCACUCGCUCCCAGCAGAGCUUCUCUGUGAUGCACAUUGAGGGGGUGCGUGAGGGACACCAGUCAGAGGGUCUACGCAAGUACGGUGCCGCCUUCCCCGAGCAGCACUGCUUCACCCUCGUCUUCAAGGGCAAGCGAAAGAACCUUGACCUGGCUGCCCGGGGCGAGGAGGACGCCCGCCACUGGGUGCAAGGGCUCACCAAGCUGAUGGGGCAGCUGCAAGCCAUGAGUCAACCGGAGAAGCUCGACCACUGGAUCCAUGGGGUCCUUCAGCGAGCAGACAGGAACAAGGACAACAAGAUGUCUUUCCGAGAGGUGAAGAGCAUGCUGAGGAUGAUCAACAUUGACAUGGAUGAUGUCUAUGCCUACAAGCUCUUCAAGGAGUGCGACCGCUCAGGCGAUGAGCGGCUGGAGGGCCGGGAGCUGGAGGAGUUUUGCCGACGGCUACUGCAGCGGCCGGAGCUGGAGGAGCUUUUCAGGCGUUACUCGGGCGAGGACUGCAUCCUGUCGGCUGAGGAGCUGCAGGAUUUCCUACGGGAUCAGGGCGAGGAUGCCAGCCUGCGCCAGGCCCGUGCUGUCAUCCGUGCCUACGAGCUCAAUGAGAAGGCCAGGCAGCAGGACCUGAUGAUGCUGGAUGGCUUCAUGAUGUACCUCCUUUCGGCUGCUGGUGACAUCCUCAACCAGGAGCACACCAAGGUGCACCAGGACAUGAGCCAGCCCCUGUGCCACUACUUCAUCUCCUCCUCCCACAACACCUACCUGACUCGCAACCAGAUUGGUGGCACCAGCAGCACCGAAGCCUAUGUCAGGGCACUGAUGGCAGGAUGCCGUUGCGUGGAGCUGGACUGCUGGGAGGGCUCCGAUGGGGAACCUGUCGUCUACCAUGGACACACACUCACCUCCAAAAUCCUCUUCCGUGAUGUCAUUGAGAGCAUCCGCGACUAUGCCUUCAAGCGAUCACCCUACCCCGUCAUCCUGUCCCUGGAGAACCACUGUGGACUGGAGCAGCAGGCCACCAUGGCCCAGCACAUGAAGGCCGUCCUGGGGGACAUGCUGCUGACACAGCCACUGGAGGGGCAGGACCCCCAUGACCUCCCAUCCCCAGAGCAGCUGAAGGGGAAGGUCCUGGUGAAGGGCAAGAAGCUGCCAGAGCUGUGGCAUGAGCCCCAGGGUGUCACAUCCCUUCCACACAAGGAGGAGGAGGAGGAAGAGGAAGAGGAGGAGAAGCUGCAGGAGACAAGCAGACAGCGGUCGCUGCAGUCACUGCAGGAGAUCAAACCUCUGCAGGCCAAGGACGCAUCACAGGUGGCCCCGGAACUGUCAGCCAUGGUGGUAUACUGCCAGGCUGUCCCCUUCCCUGGCCUGGCCCAUGCCCUGCGCCACCCUCGGCCCUAUGAGAUGUCCUCCUUCAGCGAGAGGAAGGCUCGGAAGCUUAUCAAGGAAGCGGGCCCGGCGCUGAUCCGGUACAACACCCGGCAGCUCAGCCGCAUCUACCCGCUGGGGCUGAAGAUGAACUCCUCCAACUACAACCCGCAGGAGAUGUGGAAUGCCGGCUGCCAGCUGGUAGCCCUCAACUUCCAGACGCCGGGCUACGAGAUGGACCUGAAUGCCGGGCGCUUCCUGGGCAACGGGCGCUGUGGCUACGUGCUGAAGCCCCCCUGCCUGCGCAGCCCCCCGGGAGAGGGGCCGCACCACCUGGCACUGCAUGUCAGGGUGAUCACAGCGCAGCAGCUGCCCAAGCUGAACAGGGAGAAGGGGAGCUCCAUCGUGGACCCCUUCGUGCGGGUGGAGAUCCACGGCAUCCCAGCUGACUGCAGCAAGCAGCAGACCCACCACAAACUCAACAACGGCUUCAACCCGCGCUGGGAGGAGACGCUGAGCUUCCAGCUGCGUGCGCCCGAGCUGGCCCUGGUGCGCUUCGUGGUGGAGGACUACGACAGCACCUCCUGCAACGACUUCGUGGGGCAGUUCACCCUGCCCCUGGGCAGCAUGCGGGAAGGGUAUCGUCACAUCCAUCUGCUCUCCAAGGACGGGGCGUCCCUGUCCCCCGCCACGCUCUUCGUGCACAUUCGAUGCAAGAGUCUGUGAGAUCCCCGUGGUCCCAGCCCCCCACGCAGGGGACAACAUGCUCCUCCAUGGGCUGGGCACCCUCCUCUGCCACAGACACCCCGCUCCCUGCGUGGGGACAGCUUGGGGACACUGCUCACCUGGCCACAGUGACGGCAGGGCUGGUUGGGGGACUCAAGGGGGCAGGGGACCCCCUCCAUGUCCCGUAGUGGCACCCUAUCUGCUGGCUCCCUCCUCCCCUCCCUGGCUGUGACCCCAAGGGGACAGAGACACGGGGACAACAAGGAAAGCCCAGCAUAGCCCAGGGAGGGUGGGAUGGGUGGCAGCAACCCCCAAAAUCACCACCCUCAGACAUGCCUGACCCCAGCCCGUCCCUGGGCUGCAAGGACAGUACCACCACGAGGUCCCCAAGGGGACCCUGCCACCAUGUGCCCACAGCAUUGAGCCUCUGCUUGGCUGGGGGCCACGCUCCCAGCCCCCUGCUCCAGCACUGGAGAGUGUCACAGAUUUAUACCCUGUUGUCAAGCCAGUUGAAUAAAGGUUUUAUUUUAACAGAACCUGUCCCGGUGUCCCAGUCACCUCACAGGGCCCGUUGCAGGGGGGAGGGGGAGGGGCAGGACAAUAUGGGCCUGGGGGGGGCGGGGGGGAGGGCAGGGGAAGGGCUGAGCCUACCCCGAAACACAGCACUGCCCCGCAGAGCUGCCAAGCACUCAUGGCUGCUGCUCCCAUGGGGGCUGGGGAGACUCUGAGCAGCCCUCAAACUGCCACAGGGACAGGGGGAGGGUCCCACUGGACACCCCCCCCACCUGCACCCAGCCCAGGACACCGGCAACAAAGCGGGGACACAGAGGUACUUGCAUAGGUGACAUGGGACCCCAAGCAAGGGGGAUGCAAUGGCGCUGCUGGGGGGGACGUGAUGAGCUCCUGGGUCCCCCACUGAGGCCCGGCAGGUCCAGGCCAGGGUGGGCAAAAGCCCCUGGGGUCCGUGGCAUGCCACGACGGGGACACAGAGGGACAGGGAGGCAUGGGAGUGCAUAGAUGGGGUCUUGGCCUUGGUGUGCAGCUUUGUAAACCUUUGGCUGGGAGGGCAGGAGCAUCUCAGAGCAUUUUGCAGACAUAGUUCACAUCACAGCGGAAGGUGGCAGGCUGCCCGUGUGCUUGUUUCCCGAGAUAUCUUGAUAGGAUAAAGGUUUCCAUGAAAGAAAACAUUUCAUUUACCUUGGAGGUUCCCAUACCAUGAGAUGAUGAGCCUUGUGGAAGAGGCAGCAGGGCGGUUGAGGAGGCUGAAGUCCCGAGGCGACGCAGAUGGUGUGUCGCAGGGCAGUCACGUGCAUGUGUAUCCGUAUUUCCAUGCUUCCAGAGAAAAACAGCUGAGCAGAGCCCUGAGGCGCAGCAGCAGUGGCAACAGUGACGGAACAGCUCCCUGAUGCCCGCAGCCCCAGCAUUACAGGGGGUGGCAGAGUGGAAUGAGCCCCAGGAGUCUGAGCAGAGCAGGGUGUGCCAGACAAGCUCUGGAGGCAGCAAAGAGCCGAGUCCCCCCGUAUCUUUGGGCGCUGCUGCUCCUUGGUGCAGCACUUGCCCUGUUGAGCAAAGGGUUCGAGUCUCCAAGGCUGGGGAGGAGAAGGGACAAGGCAUCGCUUGCACAAAUAGCCCUUAGAAAGAAAUCUCGACAUGCUCCCGGCUGACGGUGCCAUCCUCCCUCUCUAGGCACCCAUGGGAAGGACGGAGUUUAAUGGAGGAGGGAGCAAAGUGGGGGGGAAACAGCCGAGCAGGGGACAGAGCGCAAAACACCCUCCAGGCAGGCAGGAGGGCUCGGCAGCCCGGCCACCGUGUCCCGAUGGAGCGCCGAG